AUGGAGCACUGGCCGACCGAACUUUCCAUUCCUUCGUCACAUUCUGAAGAACAAAGAUCGAUCCGUGGGGCAGGGCCCCUGAAAACCGUGUCAGGUAAUAGACAAACUUUCGCCCUGGAUUGUCACGCCGGUUCUGAGAAUCAGAACCCUCAUGAUUUGUAUUACAUCAAUUCUGCCUUGGCUGAAGCCAAUUGUGCAUCCAAUACAUUCCCUACCACUGCAACCCUUGGAUCUAAUGAUAAUGAUCUUGCCAUUCACCGCUUACAGCAUCGACAUCAGCGCCGCCAACAACAGCGUGCCUCUGCAAUCGAUUUCAGAAUUCAGGAUCGGAGUUAUCUGAAUUCGAAGAAGUAUCAAGGGUACCGAGCUCGACAACGGAAAGACCUUGGGCACGAUAACAAGCAAGUCUGGUCCGACGAUGUUGAGGAAGCAUUUCAAGAAGCUCUUUUCGAGAUUAAGCCUAUGGGCAAAGGGAAACGGUCGCAACAUGGCAGGCCCCACGGGAGGAAUGAGCUCGUUGCCGAGUACAUAUUUCGGAGGACUGGACAGCGCCGAACUAGGAAGCAGGUGUCCAGUCACAUCCAAGUGCUCAACGCUUUGCUCAAGGACAUCCCAUCCUGGCGCGUGCUGAUCCAGGCGAUUGACCGUGCUGACGGACGACCUGUGAAUGGAGGUUUUUAUGAGAACUCCAUUGAGCAUUCUGUGGAGCGCAGGAACAAGCGCCUUGCAGCACAACAUUCAUCUUACCGAGAGCAUGGUUACAGCGUUCAUACAGACAACCUUCCCUCGGCACCUCAGACUCUGGGUUCCAAUGCAUGCACCAUCAGCGGUAAGCGGGUGACGGGCGUCAAUUUCGAAAUGUGGAUGUCUCCCAACCAGAGCAAUAUGGACAAGAGACUCCACGACUUCACUAGUCUGCAAACUGCGCGAGAUCUGCCUCGGUGCGAUCCCAGUCCUUUAGAAGAUGUUCGUGACUGGCGUGCUCUCUAUCCAUGUCUGGCAGCGACGCUGGAUGGGAAAGGUGACGUCCCGGAAUUCGACAUCAUCGGGAUCGAGACAUCUUACAAGAUGAUGUCCGAUUUUCCACCACCAAAGGCAACCUUGGGGUUGAGGCUUGAGCUGGAUUUCGGACCGAGCUCUCGUGAGGAGCUCUAUGACUGGACCUGCACCACGCAUAUCUACCGAAAUGGUAUCCCGGUGAAGCAGGCAAGCCAUUACCGACUGGAGGCGAAAUACGGGAUGAUCGCACCUCCUUUCGAUUCGAUGUGGUGGGCCUUGACCUUCAUCGAUCGGAUGGAGCAGAAGAAGCAAGCAGAAGAAAGCGGAAAACGCGAUGUUUAUGAUGCAGCUCAACAAAGGGCUCAGAAGUUCUUCUCGGAGCUUACGGCUGUCCAUGAAAUCCGGGCUCGGUCACAAGCUGACUCUAGCUCUCAGGAUCAGCGACCUGAGAGGAGGCUUGUGGCGGCGCUGUUGUGGAGGUUCUCUAUGGCACCGGAAAGCUUUGUGGGGACUACAUCCUGGCAGAGACUUCUCCCACCCCCUGCCCGGAUCACAACUAACAGCCCUGCUCCAGACCAACGAGAAAUGUCCCUGCCGCCCCUGGCGAUCGACACGAUUGUUGGUGGUCUCCAUCAUUCUACCGACUUGAGCGCCACCAAAGACCUCCUUGUUGGGCAGCCCCAUGACUCUUUUCAAGACUACGAGGCCGUUCUGGAUGAUCCAACCGCUAUGCUGGGCCAUCACGACUUUGAGAUGGCUUUCAAGGACGACGACAUAGCACACUUCGCGUCGAUGCAAUCUUCAUUUAUAUCAUCCACCCAAAAUGCUCAUGACGGAUCAAGCUACCCCACAAUCGACCAUCUUGACUAUGAUAUACAGCUUCAUGGUCUCUCGACGCCCUCACAUCACGAUACCUUUCAACCAGCUUGCAGCAAUAUUUUUGAGGCUCAACACAUCAAUCGAAAUGACUACCUCGAAGAUCAUCAAAAGCAGUCCCAGGGCCACAUGUACGAACUGCACCAAGACUUCGAGCAUCAUAUUGUCGACGCCGACGACCGAACACAACGUCGGCCCCUGGCCAACUUCGACCAAAACACCCAUAACAUGCUCCAGGCCCAAUUAAGAGAACCCCGAACCGACCACAGCAAGCCCGAGGACGCCGGCGAUGAGACGCUGAAAGCCGCCCUGGCCGCAGCCUCCGCCAUGAGCGAUCUCGGGACCUCACACGCCGGCUUGCCUCUUCCUCCUCCACACCCAUCCUCACAGGCAGAAGCAAAGCAAGAGCACAUGUCUGCACUAUGGGAGGGAGAUGCUAAGUCGUCGUCGUCGUCGGCGUCGUCUGUCCAUCAUCAUCAUCGACCCCAGCUCCACAUGCACGCGAGCUUCACCAGCCAGGCGAGCUACACGCCUCACCAUGACCAUGAGCACGAGCACGAGCAGCCAGCCAGCCCCGACGCCGCCUCGGCAGUCCAUCUUCGUGCCUUUGACGCCGAGAAUCAGCUUCCGGCUUCCCCUUCCGCGGGCCUGGACGCGCACAGGUAUCAUAACAAUAAUCCCGCGACAGCUUCGCCGGAGAUACGCCGGCUGCUAGAAAUGCAUAAUCAGUCUUUCGAUUAA